AUUCAAUCUGCAACAAAUAAGAAAUAUGGUGGUAAUGGAGAAACAUUUGCUUUUCCUUUUUCUUCUCCUUUUGUUCUUAUUUGGACAUCCCCGUUUUGCCUCAGCCGAAGGAACAAGGGACGGGUCUGAGCAGUGGGGAUAUGUGGAAGUUCGACCAGGGGCUCACCUCUUCUGGUGGCUCUACAGAAGUCCAUAUAGAGUUGAAGACCCUUCCAAACCAUGGCCAGUACUGCUGUGGCACCAAGGAGGCCCUGGAGGCUCCAGUGUUGGAUUUGGAAACUUCGGGGAAAUCGGACCACUGGAUGAGAAUUUGCAGCCCCGGAAUUUCACAUGGCUUCAAAAAGCAGAUCUAUUAUUUGUGUCCAGUGGCAACAGGUUUCAGUUAUGUGGAGGAUGAGAGCUUAGUAGUGAGAACAGACUAUGAAGCAGCAGCUGAUCUGACCACCUUGCUGAUAGAGCUCUUCAGUGGGAAUGAGACCCUCCAAAAGAGUCCUCUGUACAUCUUUGCAGAAUCAUAUGGAGGCAAAUUUGCUUCUGCCCUUGGAGUAACAGCUCUUGAAGCUAUUGAAGCUGGAAAACUGAAGGCCCAGCUUGGGGGAGUUGCUUUGGGGGAUAGCUGGAUCUCUCCUGAGGACUUUGUGUUCUCAUGGGGACCUGUUCUUAAAGUCAUGUCAAGAAUUGACGAGAACGGCUUGAAUCAAUCAAACAGUUUAGCCCUGAAGAUCCAGCGGCAACUUGCAGAAGGUAAAUCAGAAGAUGCCACUGGAACAUGGUCCGACCUGGAGCAGGUCAUCGCACAAUACAGUAAUGAUGUGGACUUUUACAACUUCAUGUUAGAUGAUGAGAGCAAUUCAGUGGCGGUGAAAGAGAGUAGAAUUAGGUCAAAUAGAUACAUGGAGAGAACCUCAACUGGUGCAGGUGCAGCCAACAGUGGCUUAGGAAGCUUGAUGAAUGGGCCAAUAAGAAAAAAGCUAAAGAUCAUCCCGGAUAAUGUGACAUGGCAAGGACAGGGUGGCUUGGUUUUCCCAGCCUUGGAUGGAGACUUCAUGAAACCAAGAAUCGAAGAGGUAGACAAGCUUUUAGCCGAAGGCGUAAACGUCACCAUUUACAAUGGACAGCUGGAUCUUAUUUGUGCAACAAAAGGAGUAGAAGCAUGGCUCAACAAGCUCAAGUGGGACGGUCUGAGCAAUUUCCUGAGUGAGGACCGUGUUCCUCUAUACUGUGGAAAAGGUUCUACGGGGACAAAAGGAUUCGUGAGAUCCUACAGGAACCUCUUUUUUUACUGGAUUCUUGGUGCUGGACACAUGGUACCCAUCGACCAGCCGUGCAUUUCCUUACAAAUGGCGGGCAGCAUCACUCAGUCGCCAAGCAAAUCUUAGUUUGGUAAUCAAGCAAGCUCAACGGAGUCUUUCAUCAAUAGUAGACUUUUCAUAUCAAGAUCAGCACAGGCCAAUGGCGAAAUAAUAACAAACUCCAAAGAAUAGUCUAUUCAUGUUUCUUGCAUACAAAGAAAGUGAUUUACAAAAAAUAAAGAUGAUUCCAGAACACUCAACUGUAUUACGACCCUAAAUGAGACUCUGAGAAUUGACAACUGCAACAAAACAGCUUCUUCACCAACA